GGAAAGAGAGAGAGGGAGAGAAAAAAAAGAGAAAACGAAUUCAGAAAAAAAAAAAAAAAUAUAUAUAUAUAUAUACUAAAGGGAGAUAAUAAGUGAGAGAUUUAGAAUAAGUCUCCCAUCGAAGAGAUUAAAUUUUGUGAAGAACUAAAGACCGCAAGAAGAAGCUACCAUGGAGGAAACAGUCAACGGAGGGAGCCAACACGAUGAUCCAAAGGGGACCAACGGCCAAGUGGGCGACAACGGCAGCAAUGAGACAGAUGCCGGGGGUCUUGGGCAGGCGGGUGUGGGCAGCAUGCCUCAAGGCUUUGCGAGAAUGUCAGUAGACCGUGACGCCGUGCGCUACAACAUGAGCCACAAGCAGCGUGGCCACUGCGUCAUCUUUAACCACCGCCACUUCGACGAGCACACAGGCCUUGGGGAGAGGAAUGGCACAGACCGCGACCGUGACCAGGCACAGGCACUCUUCACUAACCUGGGGUUCCAAGUGACUGUCUACAACAACCUCAGGGUGUAUGAGGUCAAGGAAAAAAUCCAGGACCUCGCUUUCGACGUAAACCACUCGGAAUGCGAUGCGCUGGUCGUGGUGUUCAUGUCGCACGGGGAGAAGGACGUUCUUUGGGGGCGUGAUGGCACCUUUAAUCCCGAUUACCUGUUUGAGAAUUUCAAAGCUGACCAGUGCCCUACCCUCGCAGGAAAGCCGAAGCUCUUCUUCAUCCAGGCAUGCCGUGGUGAGGGCCUGGAUGCAGGAACGACCCUAGUGCAGCAGAAGACCCGGGAUGAGAUUGACUCAGGCUACCAGGCCUAUAAGAUCCCCAACACGGCCGACUUCCUGGUGUGCUGGUCCACCAUACCUGGUCACUUCUCUUGGCGCAACACCACCAAUGGCUCAUGGUUCAUUCAGUCACUGGUGAAGGUGCUGAGCCGAGACAGUGCGCAUGACGACUUACUCUCCAUGAUGACCAGCGUGAACCGUAACAUGAUUCUGAACUUCGAGUCCAACUGCCCAUCUCAACAUCACAUGCAUGGGAAAAAGCAAGCUGCCUGCAUUGUCUCAACCCUUAUGCGAAAGGUUUACUUUACCCCAAAGUAUUGACUGGUCCCCGAGCAUAGGGAAGGAGGAGGCAGGUCUGACGCUAUGCUCAGGGACGUAAUAGAAGAGGCCCCAAUAGCCAGAGCUGAAGAGGUGCAGGAACAAGAGCUGGGAGGUGCACUUGUGGCCCCCAAUACCAGGAAGAAGUCUAAGAUGUUUCCAAGAUUCCUCCAAAGAGUCUGGCCUUUUUCACUGAGGAAGGAGAAGCAAAAGGAAGGCAAAUCGAAACGUAACCAGAAGCCUCUUUGGAAGUUUGGCCGGCGUGAAGGGAGCUCAACAGACCAGGCACAACUGACUGCUUCAGAGAAUGGAAAAAGAUCUGAACAUUCCUCCUUCUUUGCACGCCACAGGAGCAUCUGCCUCAGCUGUUGUAGGGUUUAAAAGAAGGAAUAGCUCACGCAUGCAUUUACUGUAUAUGAAUGAAAUGCAUGUUUUGAGUAAUCUUAUGGUAUUUUAUAAAAAAAUAUGAUGUGCUUUCAGUAGUUGAACACAAUUUGACAAUUAUAAUUAUUAUUGUAUUCCCAGUAGAAUAUUUAUUGCUCAUUCAUGUGUGUCUAAGACACAGUUCACUGAUUCACAAACUUAGCUCAAAUUUAUUGUCUUUCAAUGCCCAACAGUUGGCUAUAAUUUAUUGUGCAAUUUUUGUCAGUUGUGCAAACAGUUAGUUCUUCAUUAGGUGUUUAUCUAGUGAUUGUAAAUCAUAAGACAGUGAUAGAGUAGGUAAGUGCUUGCAGGAGAUUUAGCAUUCUUUAGUAGAUAUAAGGGCAUUUCUACAGUAUUGAAUAGAGUACCCCUAGAACAGAACACAACAGAUUAUGUGCCCACUGUGGUGCCUUACAUGAAAACUGCCCAGUAAACUUUACAGUACAACCUUGCAUGAUUACCAUGUCUUUCAUUGAUGGCACUUGUACAUUGGUGACUUUUUAAAUGUGAUUUUUGUUGUAAUUAAGAGAUUCAACUGUCUGUCCUGCAUGUGUAUUAAUGAUAUGAUUUCAUAUAGAAAACAGUGCUCAAAUCUCCACCUAAUUAUGAGAUUUCAUAGGAUCAUGUUUUGUUAUUUCGUCUCGUAAACUGAGAGUUCAAAGUGCCGAGCCCAUUGUCUUUCGGGGUUUAGUUUUAGCUGGGACUCUGUGGAUCAGGAGUCCUUGCCCGACUCGCAUACAGGAGAUACAACCCUUAAGGAUAUAUUUUCCUACUAUUUGUAACAGGUACAGCUCCUUCUGUGUCUAUAUGUGCAGUAGUAAAGAGCAAGUCAUUUGAUUCCUGCACUGCUGCAUCUUUUGGAAAUAAACCUGACUUGUUUUCAGCCAGAAAUGGAGAGGAGAGUAAAGAACAGUCUGCCAGUAUUCUUUUUUUAAUGUGCACUAGUGUUGGAAUAAGGCUAAAACUAAUGCUUGCUUGUUCCAGCAUUAUAUUUCUCAGGUUCCUAAAGCACUUCUUCAAGGGGUCUAGGCACUGAAUAUAUUUAAAUGUAGUUAUUAUCAUUGUUUUUAUAUUUGUUUCUUAUUUUAAAAUAUCUAUUACCAUUCACCUUGAAGAAAAAAUGUUUUUGCCCACAGAUUUAAAUGAUUGCAGUAUCAUUUUUUCAAGUUUUGAUUUAAUUCUUGGGGCAAACUUGUUGAAAGCUGAAUAAGGGCUAUUAUAAAUGCAAAGAAUGUCAGUUCGUGUUGAAAAUAUAAUGAAGAGAUUAAAUUACAUGGAUCUAAGAUGAAAAAUAAUAUAAAAAACAAUAAAAUGAACUUGGCCACUCUGCAAAGUUGAUCAGCUGCAUUCAACACAUCCUAUUUCUUGCAGUGUGAUCCUUUCCCUUCAAAGUAAGCCUCAGUUUAGCUUUCAAAGACAUUAUAGAUUUGCUGCAAGUUUUAAAAUAUGCCUUUAGAAGAUGCCAUUGCUGUCUUAACCCAAUGCCGCUGGCUGGUUUCCUGAUGCGAAAGCCCUCUCUCCCAGGCUGUAUUGAUAGUGGCCCUGCCCCGCUGCUGGGGGAUCAUGUCGGCACCAUAGUGUGCGCAGCAUAACCGUACAUACCUCUGGGAAAUGGGACCGCGCACCAUGGCACAUAUGCACAUGCUACCCGGAAUAUAGUCCAGGCAUGCCAUGACAUGUGCGCACAUGCCACCCAGGGUUAAAGAUUACUUUUUUUCUUUCCCCGCAGAGCACUAUAAUAAUAAUGAAAAAAAAACAAAAAAAAAACAAUAGUUAAUUCGCAAAAAUGUAUUAAAGUUAAAGUAUGAAAUUUAAAAUGCCAGGCACUUAUUGCAAACUGAAGUAAAUUCAUAUGAGUCUGAUCAAAAGGAGAUUCAGUUUUUAGCAAGUGGUUCAGUUAGUAUUAUGCUUUGAGAUACUUGCAUAGAAGCUAAACUACAGUCACGGUGAUUUGAAAAAAAAUUGUGCAAAUUUCUUAUGUAAUAUUUUAUUCUUGUCACUUGUAUGUUGUACAUGUGCGAUUUCAGACUUUUUUCUACUUAUCUUUUUCCGAGCUGCCAUAAGGUUAUAUAACUGAAACGGUUUCUCGCUGUUCAAAUUGGAGUAUUAUCACGACUUUUCCUUCAUGGCGAUGGAGAGUUGAUCGACCUGCGUCUAGUCUGAGCUGUCUACCGGUGCCACAGUUACUCUAAUUUUAUUUCACGUGUUGUGGGAGUCUGAAGGUUUGUCCCAUCAGGCAUCACUUUUUUUUCUUUUUUUUUUAUGUUGGAUAUCAUUCUGUUAGCAUUUUGUUACUAUUUAUGUAAUUUGGGAAUGGAUACAAUUUUUCCAAAGAUCAGGGUAUCUGACGAGAAGAUCUGUGUAAAGUGUAGUUUGAAAGAGAAAGUGAUUUGCAAGUGAAAUGAAUAAAUUUUUUGAUGAUUUUC